AUGGUCGGGAUCAGCAACGAGGAAGCACCUCUGCGUCUUCUUUCACUCGGUAUGUCGGUCAACACCUUCGCCAAUUCUCAAACCUAUGUAUUAAUUACCCCAGACGGCGGUGGUGUCCGCGGUGUCAGCGAGCUUAUCAUUUUGCAACAAUUGAUGCUCAACAUCCAAAAGUAUUACCGUCUGCCGACCAUCCCCAAGCCCUGCGAAGUAUUCGACAUGAUCGGAGGUACCAGCACCGGGGGCCUUAUUGCCAUCAUGCUGGGCCGACUCCAGAUGUCUGUCGACCAGGUCCUCGAUGAAUACACUGUCCUGUCGAAAGAUGUCUUUGGAGAGUUCAAGGCUACUCUGAACGGGCGAUUCAAAGCGACGAAUUUGGAGAAUGCCAUCCGGGGUAUGAUCCAACAAUAUGGCGAUGGAGAUCCAAACGCAAAGCUCUUUGCGCCGGAGAAUCACUGCAAAGCGUUCGUGGUUUCCAAAGAUGCCAGUAACGUCACUGGGCCCGCGCAGCUGUACAGAACGUACGCAACCGGUGGCCCUGAUGAUUAUCUCGAUGUUACCAUAUGCGAAGCCGCACGAGCAACAUCAGCCGCGCCCACAUUCUUCAAGCGUCAAGAGAUAAGCCGCCAAGGACAGACACGCAAGCUCGUCGACGGCGCAAUGGGAGCCAACAACCCCACGAGACUGCUGAUCGCAGAGGCCCAGAGUGUAUUCCCUCUCAGCCGGAGUGUUUCCUGCAUCGUCAGCAUCGGAACCGGAAAGAAGGAUAUUAGCGAUGUCAAGGCUCCCAAUCUCUUCCAGCGUAUAGUGAUGCCGGGCGUUCCACAUCUGUCUGCAUUGCGGGCUAUGAAAGAUAUCACCACUGAUUGUGAAGCUGUGUCCGAGGAGUUGGAGCGCAGAUUUUAUGACAUUCCGAACUUAUAUCAUCGGUUCAAUGUGGAACGCGGGCUGGAGAAGAUUGGGCUGGAUGAGUAUAAGCAGUUGGGCGUCAUCAAGUCAAAGACGAUUCAGUAUUUGCAGGAAGUCCUGGUUGAGAAGAAAGCCGAACAGGCCUCGUUUUAUUUGCUUGACAACGCAACUGCGAAUACUACUGUUGAGGGCUUGGGAUUUUGA